AGCUUUCCAGAAACAGUGUAGUGGAGAGGCAGAAGAUAGGUGUCGGUCUCCUACUGAGGGUGAAUCGUUUCUCCUUAUCAGUUCUGUCCCUCAGAACGGCCACGAAAAGCGACAUUACUGUACGCCUGCGAGACAGUAUUUAGUUAGAGGUUUGAUUUAAAUUCUUAAAAAGUACCAGUGAAGAAUAACAACUCGUGGCAAUGACGACGAUCGACUACAGUGUGUGGGACCACAUCGAAGUGUCGGACGAUGAAGACGACACUCACCCAAAUAUUGAUACACCCAGUCUUUUCAGGUGGAGGCAUCAGGCCCGUCUGGAGCGGAUGGAGGCUUUCCAAAAGAAGGGAGAGGAGAUUGAGAGGAGCCUGUUGGAGAGCAAGAGGAAGUUGGCUGAGGUCCAGCGCAGGGUGCGUGAGCUUCAGGAAACGUCAUCAGAGCAGACGAAAGCAGAGCUGGCCAAAGCACUGGAAGAGGAGAAACAGCUGAAAAAGGAGGAGAGGUCAUGGGAGAAGAAGCUGGAGGAGCAUCGCAGGGAGGAGAAGAAGAUGCCAUGGAACGUGGACACGCUUAGCAAAGACGGUUUCAGUAAGAGUGUUGUAAACAUUAAGCCUGAGGGGAAGGAGGAGUCGGAGGAGGAGAAGGAGGCGAAGCACAAGACCUUUGUGGAGAAAUAUGAGAAACAGAUCAAACACUUUGGGAUGCUGCAUCGCUGGGACGACAGUCAGAAAUACCUGUCAGACCACCCUCAUCUAGUGUGUGAGGAGACAGCAAACUACCUGGUCAUCAUGUGCAUCGACCUGGAGGUGGAGGAGAAACACGCUCUGAUGGAACAGGUGGCUCAUCAGACCAUCGUGAUGCAGUUUAUAUUGGAACUGGCCAAGAGUCUGAAGGUGGACCCCAGGGGAUGUUUUCGACAGUUUUUCGCCAAGAUCAAGACGGCGGAUCAGCAGUACCAGGAUGCCUUUAACGAUGAGCUGGAGUCGUUUAAGGAGCGUGUGCGCGGGCGGGCGAAGAUCCGUAUUGAGAAGGCCAUGAAGGAGUAUGAGGAGGAGGAGAAACAGAAAAGACUCGGCCCUGGAGGACUGGACCCCGUGGAGGUGUAUGAGUCACUUCCCCCGGAAAUGCAGAAGUGCUUUGAUGAGAAAGACGUUCAGAUGCUGCAGGAUGCCAUCAGCAAAAUGGACCCAACGGAGGCUAAGUACCAUAUGAAGCGCUGUAUUGACUCCGGCCUCUGGGUGCCAAACUCCAGGACAGAUGAAGAUGGAGACAAAGAGGAAGAAGAGCCAAAGUAUGAGGAACUAAACAAAGAAACAGCAGCUGGAGAGAAAGAGGAAAAAUGAA